AUGGGCCAAGCUGUAGAGGAAAAAAAGGUUGAAUAUGAGAAGGAAAUAACUGAGACACAAUCACAACAAAUUGAGAUGGAAAAAACUGCUGAAGAUUUUAAGAAUGUACAUAAAGAACGUCAACAUUUAAUCCAACAAUGGGAAGGCACUAUCGAAGCAAUGAACAAGAGAGAUGAACUUAUUCAAAAAGCAGGAGAAGCCUUAAACAAUGGAAAGCUUGAGAUCCAAGGCAAACAAGAGGAAUUAUUAGAGCAAACACGACGAUAUGAAGAUCCCAGAGCUUUGGAAAACUUGAGAGAUCAAAAUGAAAGUCUUAAAAAUCAAAUCAAAGAAUUGGAAGAAGAGCUUGAGGUAAUACGAAAUACUCUUUCCAAGGGUUCCAGUGACUUAAACGGAAAAAGAGCUGAGAAGAAGUAUUUAGUGGCAGAACUCCAAAAAAAGGAAGAAAAGCUUGCCAUGUUAACUCAACAAAAAGAAGACACCAUGAAGAGAAUGGAAGAAAGUCAGAAGUAUAUGAACGAUUUGGAAUCACGGUCCAAAUACGUAUCAAGCUUGCUCUCUUCAGAAGAAGCUAAAAAGAAAUCGGUAGAGAAAAGGCUAGAGGAUCUUAAAACUCAACUCUACCAUCAAUCACAAGAGUUGUAUAAAGAAAGACAGAAAGAAGCCAACCUGGUGGCAGAAAUUGGAGGAACAAACUCUCAAAAUAAGAACAUGCUAUCGAAAAUCUCCCAACUUGAUAGUAUGGUAUUAAAACAACAAGAGCUGUUGUACAAUAUUGAAUUCCAGGUCCAACAAAUGGAGAGAAGAGUUAACAGAGCUCAAGGAGAACGAACAGAAGAAGAGAAGAUAAAGCUCAAUGCACAAAUUGACAAAUUACAAAAGAGUUUGGAAGAACAUGAGGCUCAAUUUGAAAUGAUAAAAGGAGAAUGGACCAAAGUGUUGAGCGAGGUCAGAAAAAUGAAGAAAGAAACAGAUGAAAAAGAGCUUGAGAAAGCAAGACUAAACGAGAAAGUGCAUGAUCUCACUUUAGAAAAUAACUCAUUGGAGGAAGAAAUGAGGGCUUUGACAAGAGAAAAGGAAGAUCUUUUAGUUCAACACGACAUUCAAAAACUUCAAGUCAAACGAGUGAGAGACUUGUUGAGAGCUAGAACUGACGAACUCUCUGGCUUAGAAAAUAGAAAGUAUCAACUUGAGACGUUAUAUAUUGAAAAGGAACAAAAAGUGAAGGCUCAUAAGGAAAUGUUGGCUGCUGAAUGGAAGGCAUAUGAGGAUGAAAGACGAAGGUUGUCUCUGGAGCUCAGCAACCGACGUGUGCAUAUCGAUAAGCUUAAAAAUAAGUAUAACAUUAUGAUACAAAGACUGAAACCUGAUGUAGAGGGAGAAGAAGAGGUGUCACAAGCACAAUUUUUGAUUAGAGCCAUCCAAGAACGAGAGGAGCUACAACGAAUAGGAGAUAAAUUAGAUGAAGAAAUUCAAAAAUUAGAAAAUCAUGACAGAGGUCUCGAGAAAACAUUAUCUUUAUUUAAAUCACAUAAUAUCAAUGGAUAUGAGCGACCCAGAUAUUUGUCUCAAAAUGGAGCUGAAAACAAAUGCAAGGACUUGGACACUCUUACAAGCAAGCGAAUCCAGGAGCAAUACGAAUACGAAGAAAGUGCCAAUAGGAAACAAAAAGAGUUAGAAAUGGUUCUCAUCGAACAAAAGGAAACUGAAAUUAAGCGAGACGCACUUUCUACCACUAAGGUAGUUUUAGAGAAAGAUAUUAGCAAGCUAUUAUCGUCUUUGAGCACUCAAAAGACGCUUCUCAAAAGUAAUGUGAAGGAAAUUAAGAAGGUACCAGAUGCUGAAGCUCUUCUUCAGGAUGUCGCCCUCACAGACAACAAGAUCAAAAAUAGAAACUGUUUGCUAACCCUUUCAUUCAUUUCAGAAAGCAAUCCAGUCAUGAAAAGUAACCUAGACAAAAUCCUUAAAGAAGAAGGUCUAUCCAUGCCAGUGUUAAGUCGACCAGCAUCCAGUCUUUCAGUUCUUUCUUCGAAAAGUACAAAAAGCUCAGUCACACGAAGUGUAAAUAGUUCUCAACGAAGCAGUACCACGUCGAGCGUCAGACGCGUUGCUGCAAACACCUCCAUCAUUUCCCUCCAAUAA